AUGAAGCUUCAAUGGGCUGGCCUCUUCCUUGGGGCUUCCAUUGGUGGAGUCAACGGUAUGGCCAAGUACAUGCACGAAGCUAUGAGAGGAGAGCGUGUUUCUGGCUAUGGCAAAUCCGACAACCCCUCCUUCGUACCGGAGUUCAAAGAUGAAUCUCCUCCUUAUCAAGGUCACCGGAUCCCCCGCCAAGACUGGACCUUGACAUGCAGCAGCUCCGCUCGUGGCUUCCCUUGCAAAAAUGCGAUCGAUGGCAAGAGCGGUACUGCAUGGCGCAGCGACCCCUCUGACAAGGGACAUACUUUCAUUGUUGAUCUUGGGGCGUGGUACCAAGUGGGCGCCGUCGUUGUUCUUCCUCCAACUGACACAGGUACGGAAGGCCUCAUUACCCAGCACAAGGUUUGGGUCAGCGAAGAUCAUGAAACCUGGACUGGGCCUGUCGCAUAUGGAAUGUGGCCCGAUACAAACAGACAGCGAAUGUCUGCGUUUGAGCCCUCCUCUACCAGAUUCCUCAGAAUCACUACCGAUGCCGAUGAGCAAAACCCUUGGAUCGGUAUCGCUGAACUCAACAUCUAUGGAACUUUGUACACCAUUCCUCGUGACCCCGCUCUUGGUGUCUGGGGGCCGACUCUUGAUUUCCCCAUUGUGCCUGUCUCCGGUGCUCAGGAGGGAUCUGGCAUGCUUGCUCUUUGGUCCUCUUGGGCCGAUGACCAAUUCCAUUCGACGCCCGGAGGAAAAACCGUCAUGACCCGAUGGAACGCCUUGACUGGCGAGGUCUCUAAGCGCACCGUCAGCAACACACACCAUGACAUGUUCUGCCCCGGAAUUUCCUAUGACGGCACCGGCAUGAUGGUUGUGACUGGUGGCAAUGACGCGUCCGAGACUAGUCUGUAUGAUUCUGUCAAUGAUGAGUGGGUCCGCGCAGCCGAAAUGCAACUCCGCCGUGGAUACCAGGCUUCUACCACUCUCUCCGAUGGACGUGUCUUCGUCAUUGGAGGUUCGUGGGCUGGAGGUUCGAACGUUGAAAAGGAUGGCGAGGUUUAUGACCCUGCUACCCGGAACUGGACCAUGCUUCCUGACGCAAAGGUCAGCAAGAUGUUGACUGAGGAUAUGGAAGGUCCCUGGCGAUCGGACAACCAUGGCUGGCUCUUCGGUUGGAAGAAUUUGAGUGUAUUCCAAGCUGGGCCUAGCAAAAAUAUGAAUUGGUACUCCGCUCAUGCCAAUGGAACUACUGAGCCGGCAGGAAGUCGUAUGCAGGAUGAUGAUUCUAUGUCCGGUAACGCCGUCAUGUUCGAUGCCGUUAAGGGAAAGAUCCUUACUCUCGGUGGUUCCCCUGAUUAUGAUAAGUCAUGGGCCACAAACGCUGCUCACAUUAUCACUAUUGGCGAACCGAAUCAGCCGCCGAAGGUUCAACCGGCCGGAGGAGGCACUAUGCACCAUGAGCGUGUGUUCCACACCAGCGUCGUUCUCCCCGAUGGAAAAGUCGCCAUCUUCGGUGGUCAGCAGUUCGGCAUUGCGUUUAACGAGGAAAAUGUCCAAUUUGUUCCUGAAAUCUAUGACCCUGCAACCGACACUUUCACGAAGCUCCAGCAGAACAAUGUUGUGAGAGUAUACCACACUGUGUCAAUCCUCCUCCCAGAUGCUCGAGUAUUGAAUGCAGGUGGUGGCCUCUGUGGCAACUGCACAGCCAACCACUAUGAUGGUCAGAUCUUUACACCCCCCUACCUCCUUUCUGCUUCAGGCCGGCCCCGUCCCCGUCCCGAGAUUAUCUCAGACCUGCAAGAUCAUGUCUUGGUUGGUAGCACCCUGAGAUUCACGACCUCCGGCCGGAUCUCGGCAGCUUCCCUGAUCCGUCUGGGCACAGCCACCCACACUGUCAACACUGAUCAACGCCGAAUUCCACUUGAUGUCACUCGUACAAGAAUAUUCGGGAAUACCUGGAAGACUACCCUGCCAAAGGACUCGGGUAUUCUGAUUCCUGGAUACUGGAUGCUGUUUGUUAUGGACCGAGAUGGCGUGCCUAGCAUCGCAAAGAUUAUGAUGAUUGGCUUGGACAGCACAAAGACUAUCCAGCCUGCAGAGGAGCCGCUAGGUGAGAUGGAUGAACAGAAAUACGUUGGGUCGUUUAUGAGAGUCGAGUUGCUGAAGAGAAAGUGGUUUUAA